AUAGUGAUCAAUAUUGCCACUCGUAGAACUAAAAUCGAAGAUUUGAUUAUACAACCUUAUUUACUUCCAAAAAUGAUUAUCAACAUUGCUAUAUGACUCUAAUAAAAUAUUAAGGAAUUGAAUUGAGGCAGGGAGGUUGUCUUUCCUUUUUUUUUUUUUUUUUAUCACAAAAAGAGACUUUUUGAGUGGGAUAGCUCGUGGGUCACAUGGAAGCUUAAGAAUUACAAAAAAGACACUAUUGUAUCUUAUAUUGAAAGAAAUUGUAAUAAGGAAACUGAGUAGUCAAAUGAUGCCUCGUAAUACUCAACCAAAUGUAUCAAAUUCGAAUCACUAAUUACCACCAACCAAACCUAACGUAAUGAGUAACUUCACUACAAUAUAUAACCCACCAUUGUAAACCAGGCAUCAAUUAAAAGGUAGCAAAACAGAUAAGUUGGACUCGAUUUAUAGGUCAAGUUAUCAUAGUAUUGUAGGUUGUAACCAACACAACCAACAUAUGUAGUUGUAGUAAAACAUUAACUCUGUAACCAACAAUCCAUAAAAAUGAUGAUUUGAGGAGUUGUAAUAUUUCUUCUUAUAGUUAUACUAUCAAUCAUCAAAAGAACAACGACUCGAGCUUUCUCAUUGUCUCAUGCAACUGAGUUUCUUCAUAGGCAUUCUAAUAACAUCUUACAACAUACUUUGACUUAGCUUGUGAGCAUAGAGUCUUAUUGGAAAAUGAGAAGUUCUCCAAUUUAUAAUUGGUUGAAUGACAAUGAACAACGACAAAGAUUUGAGAAAAUUUUAAAUAUGAGCAUAUGCAAAAACGUGGCGACUUACGUUGUUCAUAUGAGUCUCACGCCGACAAUGAGGUGGAAUAAAAAAGUGGUGAUUCUCAUAAUUUUAUGGGAUUGCGAAUGAUUUUGGUUUGAUUGAAGUCAAAAUACAAAUACUUGUGUGGGCUAUGCUUUUAGAGAAAUGAGGUUGGAAAGAGAAAGGAAAUUCUACGAAUGUUAGUGGAUUGUUUGCAAAUAACAACUUGUGGAAACAUGUAAGCAAAUUCUUCUUUAAAUUGUUUGGGAAACAAAAAACAAUAGUUGUGAAUUUUUGGCAAUAACAACUUAAAUGUAUAAACCCAAAUUUAUGCAUAACCACUUUUUCAUCAAAUUGUAAUGGAUUAUAUCUCAUUCGUUUUAACUUGAAUUACAAAUUAAUUAUGUUCAUAAAAUAACAUUCACUUUCAUAUAUUAUAAAAAACAUAGUAAUCGUGGUGUCAUGUAACAUUUAGGGUUAAUAUAUUUGUAUGAUCUGAAAUUUUCACAUAAUAAACAUUCUGGCCAAUCUUUUCGAUCUAUAACAUCAUGGCCUGAACAAUACACCAAAGUAACGAAAUUGGCCAAACCCGAAAAUUGAGCGUUAUCUUGGACAGUCAAACACGUUGACUAACGGUCAACAUGCCACAUCACCGACAAAUCAGCACCUUUCACUUAAUUUUUUUUAUAUUUUUCACCUAUUACUAUUUAUUUAUUCAUUAUGAAUAAAAAAAUUGAAAAUUGAUUUUAAUUUUUUUUUAAAUGAAUAAAAAUUGAAAUUCAUUUUUUAAUUUUUUAUUAAAAAUGAAAAAAAUAAAUAGUAAUAGGUGGAAAAUAUAAAAAAAUUUAAGUGAAAGGUGAUGAUUUGGCGGUGACAUGGUGUGUUGACCGUUAGUCAAUGCGUUUGACCGUCCAAGAUAACGGUCAAAUUUUCGGAUUCAGCCAAUUUCGUUACUUUGGUGUAUUGUUCACUGUUCAGGACAUGAUGUUAAAAAUCGAAAAGUUUGAACAUGAUGUUUAUCAUGUGAAAAGUUCAGGUCAGACAAAUACAUUAACCCUAACAUUUAAGUAUACCAAUAUAUCAUGGAGGUACUAAAUUUACCAUGUUGGCAUAUUAUUAUCAUACAAAAAAAUUCUGAGACAUGAGAUUAAGAAAAUGUCAUAUUCAAGUCCUCACCGUAAAGAGUAUAUAUGAGACGUCACUCAUAUAUGUUUGCUAUUAGAAUCAUAUUCAAAAUUGUCAAAAAGACUUUUUUCACUUUAUCCAAAAUAUGUUCAAUUCAAUAUUAAAUAAUUUUUUUUUAUAAAUUAAAAGUGAAAUUUAUAGUUGACGAACUACACUCCUCUCAUAUGGUAAUUUGAAUAGUCUAAGAGAUAAUGUUAGUAAGCACUUGAAAGAAAUGAUUCAUGAAAACCAAAUUGGUUAUUUCGAUAUACAAUGACAUGGAUAUGUCAGUAACUAAGAUGUGCAACAAUUCUAAGUAAAACUUCAAGCAAAUAGAAACAAAAGUUGGUGAAGAAGCAACAACAAUUAUUGUUAAUAACAAAGGCCAGGGAACAUAUGAACAUGUUUAACGGUAUUAUACAACAACAUAAUGAUCUGGAACUCAUAGUGUUUACCAACCAAGUUUAAUGGCAUAACACAUAACUAAUCAUGCAUGUCAUUGGAAAUAUUGACCCCUAGCAAUACAUAGGCCAUAAGAGCAAACUAUGGGUAUUUGCUAAUAUGAACUCUGUUCUAAAACAAAAUUAUUCAUCAAACAAAAUAUAUGGUCAACAAAAUCUAUCGUUCAAAAACCAAUAAUAAUCCACUCAUAAUUGUGAUCAAGGAAGAAAAUGGUUGGAAUUUAAGUUGUAAAUUACGUGCAUGGCUUUAAAAAUAUACAUAUCAACAUUUAGUUCACAACUCUCGCAACGAAAAUUAUUAGCUAAUCUCCAAUCAAACUAAUCUUUGUUUAAUCAUAUGAUUAACCAAUUGAUGAAAUUCACAGCGCAUAUCAGUACACAUAUUGAAUAAGGAGAAGUAUUUUUCUUAAAUAUAUCAAGAACAAUGUCUACCACAUUGAUCAUUCAUAGCUCUCGUCUUGCUAAAUCAUCAUCAUUAGCCAAUAAUAAUACAAAAGUAACAUAAAGAACCAACAAUGGCAAGAACAAUCAGAAUGUCGUCGCAUAAUAUUACUAAUGUUUCCCUGGGGAACUAUCUCCAUCCUCAUUUUGUGGCUAUCAUGGUCGUGGCAAUCAUCUUAUUAGUUUGCAUGACGAUCAUUUGUGUUGUGGCGGCUUCCUUGAUUGUGGUAAUUGUUUACAUCCUUUUUGAAUUCAUAUAUUGGCGGGUGGUGGAAAACGACAGUGGCCUAGAAAUUGAGUCUGAUCUCGAGGAAGGAGUCGAGAGGAGAAGAAGGAGAUAUCGUCAGAGGAAGUAUUGUAGAGUGAUGAUGGAAUUGCCCUGUGUCGAGUAUGGAAGCGAUGGGAUAGAGACCACAUCUAGAGAAUGUGCAAUUUGUUUGGAAGAUUACAAUGGGGGAGAGCCAUGCAGAAUAAUGCCAGUGUGCAAGCACAUGUUUCAUGUAGCUUGUAUUGACAACUGGCUUAGCGUGAAAUUUACGUGUCCUGUCUGUCGUCAACGCAUAUUCAAUUUGAGGAAUCAUAGAUGAUCCAUUUGAAUUUAAUUUAUAUAGCCAUUUUGUAAUAAAAAAAAUGUAGUCAUUGCAAAUAGUGUUCUAAAUUUUUUUCCUUUUCAUUUGAAUCUAUCAAAUUUGAUUGUAUUCCUUUUCUUAACAUUGAUUCGUUAAGGGUUGAGCAUAUCUUUAAAAAUCUCAAAAUUCUUUAUAUGAGUGCGUAAAUAUAUGGUACAUACUAAAUUCAGAUAAUUAAAAUCUAAUAAAUUGAAAAGCGUUUGUAUGAUAUAAUUCAACAAUUAUAAUGUAAGAUUAUGUAAAAGCAAACCAAUGCCAAGUCACCUAAUUCAUUUUGAACUAAAGGGGAGAGGGAAUAGUAGUUAAGUUCAACAUUUGUUUCAUUUCUUAAACUCUAAAUAUUUUGAAGUAUGUAGUUGAAAAGAAUAUGAAUUAACUCAAACAUGUCGUACAUAAGCUGAUUUUGAAGCAAAACCACGUUAUCUUUUAUUCUCAUAUGGAAAGUCGGGUGCAUAUAGGAUAAUUUAUCAUGGAGCGCAGGUCAAGACUGGUCGACACAUAUGAUAUGAGUAUAUGAUUUAAUGAGAAAAUGUUAUUUUCCAUUAUAAACCAUAAUUUUAUAAACAUAAUUAAAUUAUUCGAGAAAUUAAGGUUAUCAACUAUUUACAACUCCAUCAUAGCUAAAAUAUGAGGUAAAAUUCUAUAUAAUUUGAGUAAAAUUAUAUAUAAUUUAGGAAAUAUGGGUAGAGAAUAGAAAGAGUCUAGACAUGCCAGGUAAAAUGGAUUAGGUUUCAAAAUUACCAUCAAACCCUCCUUCAUAAUUUCCACAUUUAUCUAUGUUCAAGAUUAAUUUUCUCAAUCUAAUAAUGCUCUCAUUGUAAAGUUUUUAAGAACAUAAAUUGAGUGAGGUCGCGUACAAAUUUCGUUUAUAUAAGUUUUUUUGGGUUUACAAGAGUGAGAAGAAGAGGUCUGCCGCAACAAUAAAAUAUUGUAUUGAGUGUAGAGAAGUUGAAAGAUCAAUGAUAAUUUUUUUAUUUUGAAGUAAAAAUCUUAAGAGAAACCAUGCCAUAACAAAUGGUUCUCGAACGUACGGGUCAAGAUACAUCUUCAGAGGAGAAAACUCAUAGAUAACAUUGUAUAUUCAAAUGAGAUAUUCUAACAAUAUACCUCUAUUUUGAAAUCAAUUAAUCUGAUGCACCAGCACCAUAUCUCUAUUUGGAAGAAGAAGAAAAUACCCAUUUCUGCCGUACAUAAUCCAAACUACUCAAUAAUACAAUGACUCAAGAUGUGUGUUGUGUAGACAAUAUCUCUAUUGUUGAAAGUUGAAACUGCAUAUAUUCUUAAAUAUAGCUAAAUUAAAGUUGAAUUAUUCAAAGCCACCCUCUCCUAACUUUGUACAAUACACCAUCACUACUUUGACAUUUUGUUUCCAUGAUUAAUUUAUGUUAUUACUAAUUCCACAAAUACUCUUGUUUGAAUCUAUAUUACUUUUCCAUACUAGAGAGACUACAAAGUUUAAACUUUACUUUAUGUUUAUUAAUUUUUGAGCAUAUGUGAGAGAGGAGGAGAGAAAGACCAUAUCGAUCGACCAUGCUAUUGAAAUAUGUGUUUGUUGCAUAAAAAAAAUAAGAUAGAAAAUGCGAGAUAGUAAUAACGAUAAAUUUUAAGAAAAAUU